GAAAUAUAAUAUGAUAUCUAUCGGCUUGUUUUCUUAACGCGACAGAAAAUCCAGAAGCUUCUUUAUCGUCGUCGGGUUGCAAUAGCAAAGUUUUCCCCACACAGAAAAACCGGUCUCCAUUUCUCCUGUGUGUUAAAAGCUCAAAAAUUUGUGAUUUUUUCUUUUCAUUUCUCGUCUUGCCUGAAUAGCCUAUUCAGCGAUCGAAAAAAAGAGAGAUGGAUUGGGGAACUGUGACGGCUGAAGAUCUAAUGGGUGCUUUAAGGGAAGUAGAUUGGUCUACUCCACCUCGCCCUCUCCAUGAAUUCUUCUCUAGAUUCACCAUCCCUCGAUCUUAUCCCAAGUGGAACAGCCGCUUCAAGUGCAAUCUUUACUACUAUAGGACCAACUACUUCAUUGUGAUUGUGUUGGCUCUCGGGGUUGCAUGUCUCACGAGGCCGAUAGCUAUUACUGCUGCUGCUUUGACAGCUCUUAGCAUUGCGUUUCUUAAUGAUAGUUUUGCAGCUACUUUCAGUGAGAAGGUGACAAGAACUGUAAGAAAGUUCUCUCCACAUUUGGCAGCAAAGAUGAGGCCUCCUCACAUGCCUGUUAUUCGUGGUCGAUCAGCUAAAAAAUCUGUAUACAUCUGUGGCCAACCUCGUGGGGUGUGUGUGUUUUUAUUCUCAGCAGCCAGUAUUAUUCUGUGGUUCACUUCUGGGAGUCUAUUGUACGUGUUAUGGGCAUUUGGUAUCGGCCUCCUUGUUACUAUUAUUCAUGCAAGUGUUAGGACACCUAAUCUGAAGGCACGCCUAAAUACAUUCCGUGAAGAAUUUCGUGCAGUGUGGCGCAAUUAUAGUGAGCUUUGAAGGAGAUCAGGACGUAUGGAAAUCCUGACCUGCACCUUAAAUUUCAAUUAAGCUGCAAGUAUUCUUUGUAAAAUGUAAACAAGUAGGUCGGUCAUUUUAAUGGAGAAUACUGAAGAACUGUAAAUUUCUGCAUUAUAAUCCAUUUUUGUAUUUUUAUUUUUCUCCCA